AUGAGUGAAGUGGCUGCAAAACUUCCAUUAUUGUCAAAAGAAUCUCUAGAAGCUGUGGGGCGCUGUUGUCCUCUUUUGAAAUCAAUCAAAUGGAAUCAGCAGUGGUAUACUGCAUAUGGACUUUCUCAGAUAAAGUGUAAUGAGGAGGCAGUUGCUAUUGCAAAGAACAUGCCUGAAUUAUGCCACCUCCAGAUUAUUGGAAAUAAGCUGAUGAAUGAUGGCUUGCUGGCCAUACUUGAUGGAAAUUUGGGAAAAUAUGCUGAACGGAUUAAAGUCUUGCGGCAUCCAGAUGAUUCCACUGAUAACUAUGAAUUUGUCGCUGAUGAUGGAUCUUUUGGUGAAGGCUCGGAUAUUGUUUGUUCCUUAGAUUCCACUUAUGGUGAUGAAGUUGUUGAUGACAUUCACGAUGAUGAAUCUUUUGAUGAUGAUGAUGACUCGGGCUACGACCCCACCAACUCCUACUAA